AUGGUGGAGACGAAGACGAAGACGCCGCCUCAAUUGGAGCUGUUCAACUUGACGACGAAGAAGAAGGAACCCUUCCAACCACGGAUGAAGGGCAAGGUCGGCAUGUACGUUUGCGGCGUCACGCCCUACGACUUGAGCCACAUCGGCAACGCGUGUGCCUACAUCACCUUCGACGUCCUCUACAGAGGUAGCAAAAUUAUUGGGUACGAAGUUGAAUAUGUCCGUAACUUUACGGACAUCAAUGAUAAGAUUAUUAAGCGCGCAAAUGAAUCUGGCCAAACAGUUACAAGUUCGAGUAGCCGAUUUAUCAACGAAUUCUUUCUUGACAUGGCUGAGCUCCAGUGGUUACCUCCUACUUGCGAGCCACGUGUAACAGAUCACAUUGAGCAUAUUAUAGAGUUGAUAACAAAGAUAAUUGAGAAUGGGAAAGCCUUUGCUAUGGAAUGA